GCAGAUGGACGAGCCCAUUAUGAGGGCACCAACAGGUGGUUAUUACUCAUGCCGAAUAAAUUCGGCGACCCAAUCAAAGGUCUCCCCAGCUGGCAAGGUGCCUUUAAGUUCGCGACUCUCAUGCCUACGAGGUGAUUUUCGUGCCGGCCCUCGGGCGAAAUAAAAAAGCCCCGCCGCUAGACUCUUCGGCGGAUAUAAAAGCGGUUCCCGAGCGGCAUUAGCGUUCAAUAGCCAAAGUGCCAGUGAGCGAGCAGUAAGCGCGGCGAAAGCGAUACCCGAAAUCGCCAAACUCAACGCACAAUAAAAGAUCAGAAAACAGAGGGAGUUCCCCUGGCGGAAGCAGACGAUCCCCCAGCGCACAUUGGAUACAAUAACAACACACACAAUUGGAUAUCUUUGACCUUAGCCAUCCGGAUUGCUCAUCGUUCGGAGUCUUCCCCCAGCGACAGAGACAGAGAAAACAGACAAAGAGAUAGAGAUAGAGAUAGUGAGUGGAUCGGUCGAAAAAGAGUUGGAGAAUGAGCUAACCGACGGACUGGACGGUGAUUUUUACGAGUGAUUAGCAGCGGAAAGAAACGAAACCGGCGGUAAUUCACACCAAAAUGGGCGUUCGUGUGAUAGAAACCGAUUCGGCGAGCGAUUCGUACGACGAUGACGAGUGCUCCACUUGCCAGAAAGAGCACGAGCAGGGUAAAUCCCCCAAUAAAAGCAAGAGGAGUCCCACGACGCCGGAAACAACCAUCUACGCCAGCAAGGAUCUGGUGGGCAACUGCAAGGAGUACCGCAUCGAGAACAACUCCCGCGAUCUCAGGAUCAUCGGCAAUGGCAACCGCAUACGGAUCGUGAACAACUCCGGGCGCCUGCAAGUAAUCGGCAAUAGCACCAGACUCAAGAUCCAGAACAAUAGCGGAGACCUCAAGUACACGGGUAACGACGGAAGGAUCUACCUGGGCAGCGGCUCCACGCAGCAGGUGGUCGACUACACGGGCUGCAAUGGACUGCUCAAGGUGGUCAAGUCCCUGGAUCUCAGCGGCGAUGCCAGGAAGAGGCCCAGCUCUCGACCGAAAAACCCCAAGCCAACGCCAACGCCAACGGAUGCUGGCCAAAGCAAGUCCGGCGGCAUUGAGAUCGACAGCAAUCUCACGAUCCGGCACGGAGCCGGGAACAUUGUGAUCAAGAAUGCCAUCAACGUGAGCAUCUGAGAGUCUUGCGCUCUCUAAGUCACCUUAGGCCAAAGAUUAAGGAUUAAUGUAACGAAACUCUUGCCGCCGAACGCAAAGGUUCCUAUUGACUGCAAAAUAGUCACUUAGUCUUAAUGUGUCUUUCGACUGCUACCAAUAUUAACAUCAACCCGCACAUUCAGCAAUGUCAAGUAUUAAACGCCACGUCGCUAGUCUAAAAAUCCAUUACUAUUCACAAAACACCCACUGAUUAGGGAAAUAUAUGUAUGUAUGUAUAUGUUAAGUCGUAACGCAGCAGCGCAGUGUGAACAAAGCCUAAACUUCAUUCCGAGAAUGAAUAAUCUGAUUAAAAAAUAAAACUAUAUGUCUAAAUAUA